CCGCGCUUCGCCCCGCGCCCGGCGCCUCCCGGCCGCCAUCAUCCCGGCGUGCACCGCGGCGGCGGGCGAGCCGGCGGCCAUGUUGCGAUAGUUUGUUGUUUUCCUCCUGCGGAGAAGCGGGCCCGAGUGGCCCGCCGCCGCCGCCUCGCCCGCCUCCGCCCUUGCUGGCCCGCCGUCCGCCGCCCCCGUCCUCCGCCGCGCGUCCCCGGGCCCCGGCUGGCCCGGCGGCCCCCCCGGCUGGCUGGUGGGGCAAGUCCGACGGCCGGGCCCAGCGAGCACCAUGGCGGCCGCCCUGGGAGCGGGCGGAGGAGCCGGCGCCGGAGAUGACGACUUCGACCAGUUUGAUAAGCCUGGUGCAGAGCGGUCCUGGAGAAGAAGAGCUGCAGACGAGGACUGGGACAGUGAACUUGAAGAUGACUUACUUGGAGAAGAUUUGCUGUCUGGCAAAAAGAAUCAGUCGGAUUUAUCAGAUGAAGAGCUAAAUGAUGAUCUUUUACAGAGUGAUAAUGAAGAUGAAGAAAAUUUCAGUUCUCAGGGUGUCACAAUUAGUCUGAAUACCACAUCUGGCAUGGUCACAUCAUUUGAACUGUCUGACAACACUAAUGACCAAUCUGGAGAACAGGAAUCUGAGUAUGAACAAGGAGAAGAUGAACUGGUUUAUCACAAAUCCGAUGGAUCUGAAUUGUAUGCUCACGAGUACCCGGAAGAAGGACAGUAUGAAGGCCACGAUGCUGAGCUGACAGAAGACCACAUUGAGUAUGUGGAAGAGCCAGAGGAGGAGCAGCUGUACAAUGACGAAGUGUUAGACAUCGAGAUCAAUGAGCCUUUAGAUGAAUUCACAGGAGGUAUGGAAACUUUGGAACUGCAGAAGGACAUAAAAGAAGAGUCAGAUGAAGAAGAUGAUGACGACGAAGAAUCUGGACGAUUGCGUUUCAAGACUGAAAGGAAAGAAGGAACAAUUAUUAGGCUCUCAGAUGUAACUAGAGAAAGAAGGAACAUUCCAGAAACUUUGGAGCUUUCAGCAGAAGCCAAAGCUGCAUUGCUUGAAUUCGAAGAAAGAGAGCGACAGCAUAAGCAGGGACGCUAUGGUUCAAGGCGGGGAGGAAGGCGAGGAGGCUCUUUAAUGUGUCGUGGAAUGGGAGACCAGAGAAGAGAGAACAGUGAGCGGGGAAGGAUGAAAGACCACAGGCCUGCUCUGCUUCCGACACAGCCUCCCGUGGUGACGCACUCCCCAAGAUUAAUUCCUCCUCCACAGCCUCAGCCUCCCCCUCCGCCACCACCGCCGCCGCCUCAGCAGCAGCCAAUUAGAAGUCUGUUCCAGCAGCAGCAGCUGCAGCCUCUGCUUCCCCUGCAGCACCCGCACCACCCCUCUCCUCCUCAGGGAAUGCACAUGCCGCCCCAGAUAGAGGCCCCGAGGGUGAUGCUGACGCCGCCUCCUGUGACCCCACAGCAGCCCAAGAACAUACACAUAAAUCCCCACUUCAAAGGGGCGGUGGUGACGCCCGUUCAAGUGCCCUUGCUGCCAGUCCCAAGCCAGCCGAGACCUGCGGUGCCCCAGAGAUUCCCGGGCCCUCCAGAAUUUCCACAGCACACACCUGGACCUGUCCCCAACAAUUUUAGCCAGCCCCCACGACUUCCUCUUCAGGACCAGUGGAGAGCCCCUCCCCUGCCCCAGGAUCGAGACCCUUUCUUCCUAGGAGUUUCAGGUGAACCAAGGUUCCCGAGUCAUCUCUUCCUGGAACAGCGAAGUCCCCCUCCACCGCCACCUCCCCCUACGCUUCUUAGCAGUAGCCAUCCUGUGCCCACUCCCAGUCCCUUACCAUUCACUCAGCCUGGCCCAGCGUUUAAUCAGCAAGGACAGCAGCCAGUGUUCCCGCGAGAGAGGCCUGUAAGGCCAGCCCUCCAGCCUCCAGGUCCAGUGGGGAUUCUUCACUUCAGCCAGCCUGGGUCAGCAGCCACACGGCCUUUCAUCCCUCCUCGACAGCCCUUCCUGCCCGGCCCGGGACAGCCCUUCCUGCCUGCCCACGCACAGCCGAAUCUGCAGGGGCCCCUGCACCCCCCGUUGCCCCCUCCACACCAGCCCCAGCCCCAGCCCCAGCAGCAGCCCCCGCUCCAGCCCCAGCACCAGCCCCCGCUCCAGCCUCCGCCGCAGCAUCAGCCGCCGCCGCCACAGCCGCAGCACCAGCCUCAGCACCAGCCGCAGCACCAGCAUCACCACCACCUCUCCGUUCCUCCCCCGCCGCUCAUGCCCAUGGCUCAGCCCCAGUUCAGGCCGCACAUGCAGACGGCCCAGCCGCAGCCCAACAACGGGCGGAUGCAGUGCCCCCAGCGCCAGGGGCUCAGGCAUAAUACGACUUCUCAGAAUGUAACCAAACGACCAAUGCAGCAAAUGCAGCCAACUGCUCCAAGAAACAGUAAUUUGCGUGAGUUACCGAUAGCACCGUCACACGUGAUAGAAAUGAGUAACAGUCGUUGCUCCUCCACACCUGCAGCUCCAGUAAAACCUAUUAUCAGCACGUCACCACCCACGAGGCCUGCCGUGGGGUCCAGGAGCGCACAAGGGAAGACUGAGGUGAAAGUCAAGCCACUUAGCCCCGUGGUUCAACCUAAAGAAGAAGUGAAAGCAGAGCCAGAGUUUCCUGAUGAAGAUGAAGAAACGAGGUUAUAUCGCUUAAAGAUAGAAGAACAGAAACGCCUCCGAGAAGAAAUCCUGAAGCAGAAGGAGCUACGACGGCAGCAGCAGGCUGGGGCUAGAAAGAAGGAGCUGCUCGAGAGGCUGGCGCAGCAGCAGCAGCAGCAGCAGCAGCAGCAGCAGCAGCUCUAUCCACCCUCAGCCCCUGCAGAGCAGGAAGAGCAGACGUCUUCACCAUCACCCACCAAUGGUAACCCACUGUUACCCUUUCCAGGUGCGCAGGUCAGACAGAAUGUGAAAAACCGACUUCUCGUGAAAAACCAAGAUGUCACUGUUUCAAAUGUUCAGCCCAAAACAUCCAAUUUUGUGCCAUCUGGUGCUAACAUGCAGUAUCAAGGACAACCGAUGAAACCACUGAAACAUUUGAGACAGGCCAGAACUGUACCUCAGAGUCCAGCUCAGCACAAAGUCCUGCAGGGAAAGCCUGUGGAUGGGGAGGGGCCGCCACCCCCCUCACAGACUGCUCGAGUGGCGUCCCUCCAGGGCCGGCCCCCGGAUGCCAAGCCCGGCACGAAAAGGACCGUCAUGCACCGGGCAAACAGCGGUGGCGGAGAUGGGCCACAAGUCAGCUCCAAGGUCAGGGUGAUUAAGUUGUCAGGCGGGCAGGGAGGAGAGAGCGACGGCUUUUUUCACCCGGAGGGCCAGCCCCAGAGGCUCCCUCAGCCCCCAGAAGUGAGACAGCAGCCUGCCCGCAAAGUGACACUGACCAAGGGGGCCCUUCAGCCGCCCCAGCACCCACCAGUGGGGGCCCACGUGCACUCGGCCGGCCCUCCAGGCAUCAAGAGCAUCCAAGGAAUUCACCCAGCCAAGAAGGUCCUCAUGCAUGGGAGAGGCCGAGGAGUAGCAGGUGCCAUGGGCCGGGGGCGCCUGAUGCCGAACAAGCAGAACUUACGGGUGGUGGAGUGCAAGCCACAGCCCUGCGUCGUGUCCGUGGAAGGCCUCUCUUCCUCCACUACGGAUGUCCAGCUCAAGAGCCUGCUGAUGUCAGUAGGCCCCAUCCAGAGUUUACAGAUGCUUCCCCAGCAGCGGAAAGCCAUAGCUAAGUUCAAGGAACCAGCCCAUGCAUUAGCGUUUCAGCAGAAAUUCCACAGGCAUAUGAUAGAUUUGUCCCACAUAAACGUGGCCCUGAUCGUCGAGUGAGCUCCCACAGGAGAGGCUGACCUUGCGCUGCACACACGCUGUGGAUUGCUUCAGGGAAGCCGCCAGCACAGAAGCCCCAGGAGCUUAGGGCUGUCCGCCCACAGCCUCGAGUAACUGUUUUCUGGAGUGCCAGGCCACCCGCACUGAUUCCAGAAGAGUUGAACUUACAGGGCAUGGCAGACUGGAGUUCGGUGUUAGAUUGCUUCACAUUCUGUUGUCACCACAGAGAACUACAGUUUUCGUUUUCUUUUGUUUUCAAAGUGCUUACAAUGCAUGUAGACAUUGUUCUUUGUGAUCUUACUGUAUGAGAAUCACAGUGACUUAGAUUCAGGAAAGAACACUGACGCCACAAAUUCUAAGUAUUUUUCACAGCAAAGAACAUUUGAUAAUGGUUGCACUUAUCUUCAGUGCAGGCUACUCAAGAAUUUUCCCAACCAAGCAUAACUUGCAUUGUCUUCUCAGAAAGCCCUCAAAAGGCUCUUGUAAAAACGUAGAUUAAAAUUUGGGUGAUUAUCAUUGACAGUUGCAUAUCCUGGAAAGCAGGGUAUGAGGGGGGUUGGGAGUGGUGCCAAUUGUGUGGCAGAUUCUGCUUCUUGUAAAUAUUCCAAAAGCGCCAACUAUAUAUUCCUAGUUCCAAAGGGAGCUGCUCACCCCCUUUUGCACCCUUCCCAGAGAAGACGGCAGUGCCGGGAGCCCCAUGCUCCCUUGGCCUGGGAAGGUGUCCGUAAGCUCCCAGUGCAGCCUUGCUGGAGUCGCCUGCUAGGCGAGUUGCAUAGCUACCUACCAUGUGAGACAGGGGACAGCCUGAACCUUGAACAGAUCUGAUUGGUUUUUUCCUCUUUGUAAAUGUAGCCCAAGGUGUCAUGUUCACGUCACUGGCUCUGUGAUAUGUAACAUUCUUUGGGAACCUGGUUAUCAUUGCUUUGAUUAACUUUUUUUUUUUUUCCCCUGAAGGCCUUGUGAGUAGGGGCUAUGCUGUCCUUCAGUGGACCUCAGAGCAAGGUGACGUUGACUCUUGCAUGGCAUUCUUCGUGGCAUGUGGUGUGAGGAAUGGCUGUCGUGCUGGGAGAGCGAAACCCCAAGUGGAAUGUGUCUGUGUCGCCCAUGAACCUGCUUGAGUAAUUUUGGACAGGCUCCAUUCAGUGUGGCACUUACUCCUCAUAAAGCAGCUCUUAGUAAAAUUCAUUCUGGGCAAACGUUGGAAAAAGUGCCUUAUUGUAUUUUUGCUCAUGAAAGAGUUUCACUAUUUUAGAUUUAUUCUAAUGUGGACCUGAAGUAUUUGAGCAAAUGAUACUAGGGCACACUCAGACUUUUUAGCUGUAUUUUUACCUAAGAUUUCUUGUCAGAUUUAUUAAUGGAAUUAAGGAAACUAGAAGCCUGUUGUACAUAUGCCUCUGGUUAGCCAGCAAGGACAGAAUACAAACGCGGAACACCUCUGCUCAGGGCAGCCUUGUGUCUCUCAGCCUCCUCGUGGGAGCUGGGACGCAGGUCCUGCGAACUUGUGUCACCUUGUUUUCACCGUUGCCGUUUUAUAUUACUCUUCCAAAUCCAGUUAGCAGAACUGGAGGAGAGUAUUCCAGGCCCAGUGAGACUUGGUGGAGCACUGAUUUAAAAUGGCCUCAUGUGCUGAGAGUAGCCUGGGAGAUGAAGCUGGUGCUUGGUGGCUGCUCUGGAGCAGAUCUGGGCUCUAGGACACUCUGGGCACUCAUAGGAUACACUAGAACACCCUCUUGCUGAGGCCUGGCCACCGUGUUCCAAAAACCUCCUGACUAAGCCUUGGCAGAUGGCCCUUCCUCCAGGCGCUCCAGUGCAGUUUCCACGUAGUCGCUGCUGUGCACAUCGGCUGUUUGACACGGGCGGUCUCUGCCCACUGUUUUCACAGUAGAUACAGUUGUGUUUGUAUAUUUAAAAGCGUAGUUUAUUUGGCUCAGACCACAGAGAGCUGCACUGAAAUAAUGAGUUUGCUAGCCCAUAAGCUCUAAUUGAGAGAGAUCCAGACCAUUUCCCCACACUGGGCAGUGGGAAAGCUUACAGUUGAUGGACUUAUUUUAUCACCAGGGACUUACUGAUCCAAGAAAAUGAGUUUAACAGAUUUUUACCACUUUCUGAAAUAGUCUGAGUGUGCUGUGGCUUUGGAACCAAAAAUCUGCCUGUUGUCUGAAAGGUAGGCAUUUAAGCAUACUUUUUUCUAGUUAGCGAUAAUAAACUAAUCCUAUUUGGGCACCAUUGUUCACAACAGACCCCAUGGCCACUUUAAGGUCUGCUUUUGGCAUUGUCUGAGUGUGACAUGGGUGCCUCAGGACAUGUGUGUGUCUGUAACUGUCUGCACACACAUAAGCAAGCUUUCUCUUGAUAGAAUGUUCUUGAAAAACCAUCGGCAGAGUUGAACUAGGCCUUUCAGAAAGCCCUGGUUAGACUGGCUCGGCACAGUGGGCCUCUCUUAAUGCACACAGCCCUGGACAGGGCUCUGUUAGUGCCAGCCCGCCCAGGGCCACAGGCCGAGUUUCCUCAGGGAAACCACAAGCGAGGAAAGAAGCAGAAUUAGAAAGUCAUGCUGUGUCCAUUGUGUGCACUUCUCACAGCGAGAUCAGACCUCCGUGAGCUGAACCCUCUUGGAAGAUCUGUUGCAACCAUUAUCUUUGUUCUUUACUUAUCAUGCAUUUAAAAUGAGAUGCAGAAGCAUUUAACAUGCUAUGUAAAUACGGACCUUUUAAAAUUGAAAUGUUAUUGGAGAUGCUUUCAAUUCAGCAACAUCUUAGCUAUUUGUUAGUUCUUUUGUGUUGUCUCAUCACAGUUUAAUGGAUACAGUUCCAUAAUUGUUGAUGUGUUUGUGAAAUAUUCAAUUUUUAUAAAGAUGGUAGUAAGUCAAUACGUUUAUCCUGACCUGUGUAUUAUUUGUUCACAAAUCAAGGCGCUUAAAGCCAGUAAAUAUCAAUAUAUCUCGUAAGGAAACCCAAUAGGUGAUUAUGUGGAGCGAGUUACUUUUUCUUUUUGCAUUAUCUUGUUUUGAUUUUGUGCUGUAAUAUAAGUUCACUUAGCUACUUAUCUGAUCAUACGAAUGCAUUACCAUUGGGCUGGCCACAUUUGUUAAAUUCUUAUACUGAUAUUCUUCUAAAGGAGAAAUCUCAUCUCUCUUUUCCAAAAAAAAUGGUGAGGGUUCCCCCCCUUCUGAACAGACCACUUCCUAAGUAGGUGCCUGUGCCCUCGCCCCAUGGGGAGGGGACGGGAGGAGGGUGGUGGGGGGGAGGGGUUGUUCCUCAUAACUAUUAAUUUGGGUCAUCCUUCUCCUGAUUUGUAAAGGUCCUGGGGAACCACGUGUUUACGCCUGGUGCUGUAGUGCUCCUGAACUGUGACAGCUUAGAUCCCGCGCCCAGAGGUCUUUCUCCAAAGAGCAUUUUGCUGAAUUCUGCCAGCAGAGGACUUGCUGGCAGGAGGCUGGGAGAGGUGCGGGGUGAAGGGGAAGCAGCAGAGGUGGGAGAGGAGGGCCUUGGAGGGUGGGGGAGCGGUCAUGGUGUCAGUCGUGGACUUUCCUCCAGCACGCUGCCCAUCACGUGAGGGGCCGUGGGGGCAGGCACACGGCGGUCUCGGCAGAGGGCUGGCUGGAGAGCCCCUUCCCUGGGGAGGCCUGCGGCUCGCGGGGCGGAGGAGACCUGAGGCCCGCCUUGCUCGCAGGCUUGAUUUUAAGGACCUCUCACUUCUCUUCUUUUUUUCCUUUUGGCUUUGGUUUUCUUGUUUUGUUCUGUUAUUUUGUUUUUUGUUUCUUUGUUGUUCAGUUGAAGGUAAGCUCAGUGUGCUCGCAGACCGUUGGACUGACAGGGACCCUGUGAGGACAGUUAGGUUUGGGGAGCAGUCUGUGCGCUGGGGAGCCCUGGGGCCCUGGGUUCCCUCCCUCCUUCCCGGAGAGCAGCCUCCCCGGCACAGGCCGGCCCAGCGCCCUGCCCAGGGUCCUUUUUCAUUUUUCCUCCCUUCCUGCUUCUAGGACUCUAUUGUGGCUUUACUUUCUCGCUGUGAGACCUCCUUUUACUGUCCUUCCGUCAGGAAGAGCCCCCCUUCUGGCUUUUUGUGUAUUUGGAGUGUGAGGGGAAUGCUUGGGAAGGUAUCCUUGGUUCUUCGCAGGUUUUUAAAAGGGAUUCACUAACAGGGAGGGGCGGAGGGUGUGAAAUGGGGCCAGGAGACCCUCAGGAAGGCCACGCCAGGAGUUCAGAUCACUUAGGGGGGAAGUUUAGAUAUUUUAUUGUAUUCAAUGAGCAUUUCAGUUAACCUUUUCAACGAUUUUUAAAACUCGUGAACGAAGUAUUAUUUUGGGCGUUCAUAAAUAUGAACUCUCCAAAGGCGUUUAGCCUUGGUUUACUAUUAAAUCCUAAGGAUUUUGUGUAAGGUUUUUUUGCAACCUAUUUAAUUUUCCUCAUUUAAAGUGCCCGUGGUUUGUGUCCUAGAACCGGAGCAAAACUCACUGAUUCAUAUUGGAUCCCAAGUGUGCCUUGUCGGGCAGCGAGGUCAGGAAGCGCCAUCGUCUCACACGCAGCAGCCAGCUCUUCUGGAGAGUGUUCCACGGGGCUGAGCGCUCUCCUCUGCCGUGUGUUCGUAGCAAGUCUUUAGUUAGAUGGGCAGGUGGAACAGGUGUUUUUAGUGAGAAGUUACUUUUUCCUUUUAUUUCUAACCAACUAAAAUGUAACAAGGUCUUCAUGUUCGUGUUUUGCUUUAUUUUACUAAUUUUAAAAGGUAUGUAGAAAUAUUCAGACCCUUUAAAAAGAAACACAUAGUUCUUCCUUUUAACGUGUUCCACAUAGUGGACAAAGAGAUGUACUGUUCUAAUAUAUUCUGUAUUCAGUAAUGGAACAUGCUCUAGAAAGUAGACCUCUUGAUAUUCUUUCAGCGUGAUUUUCUUUUAAACUACUUUUCAUUUUAAGGGCACAUGUAGUAGGAGCUGAUUUUUAAAGGACUGUUGAAAUUUUAUGCACUCUGCAGUAUUGUCUUAGAAUAUAUAAUUUAGGUUUUUAAAAACACACACACACACACAACACACAUUUAUACUGUCGACCGAAAAGCAAAUAACCGUUGGUUUUUAUAAUUCCGCUUUGCUUUUCACAGGCACGGGUCCAGGAUUGUGUGUCCUCUGUGAGGAUUUUAACUCUAAGGCUUUAAUUCCACUGUUUAAUUUUCAGGUUCAGUAACAGCAGGCCUGCGCUGGGCGUUUCCGUGUUCAGCGGGUUCUCUCUGUUGGGCAGUUCUGUUCUCUUCUUGCUCCUGCGGGUCGGGGCUGGCCCCAGCAGCAGGGUCUCCUCUGUGCCCCCCUCCUUUCCUCUUGCACCUUCCUCGCCAGAACCCAGCUGCCAGCCCCUCUCGGAGUUCCUUUCCCACUCUGAAAGUCUUGCCCUUCCUUUCACUCUCCUGUCUCUGCUGUCUGUCCUCUCCUCCCACCCACCUCCUCUUGGUGAUGGCCUUCAUUUGGCGGAGUUCUUGCUCCUCUGUCAGUAUUAGCGUGGAGGAGAAUUCCACUCUGGGCGCAAGAAUGUUGCGAAUGUGUUUGCACCAUGUUUACAACUCGAUUCCAUCUAAACCUUUGCUUUGACAGGUUUUUACUCAUGAUUUAUUCCUCCAGGUCUCAGGUUGGAGAGAAUAACAUUUGCAUUCUGUUAUUUUGCAGUUUGACUAUAGGAGAGUGUGGCGCUCCAAAGAUGCCGGCGUCCUGGUGCGCGGUGGCGCUGUGAUUAACCCCUGUUUUAUCCCUCUGCUUCUGCAGGACCUCUUGCAUGAGUUCAGUGUUAGUAGCGUGCCUCUUACUCCACUUGGAAGUGCCGGCCCGUGUGACCCUUUGUUACUGCUCUCGCUGACUCUGAUCCUUCCUAACUGUAAUGUGUAUGCGCAUCACGCGGGGUUGGGCCAGCUCCUAUGUGGAGUCUGAAGCUGUGUUUACUGGGAGUGCAUUGAGAGUUCAGAAGUCAAGAGGUGACUGAGUUGCUUUCCUCUGGGUUGAUCUACUUCAUGUUUCUACCAAACACACUACACUUAGAUUUGCGGGAGAUGAUGUUGCCUUGUUUCACCCCAUUUUUCACUUUGUGCUAAUCACUCUGACAGCUUUAUCAGGAAUAGAUGUGAAGAACAGUAGUGACAUAGUUGGAAAAAAUGUAUUGUUGUGUGUAUCAUUUGUGUGAUUCCAGACUGAGAAAUGUGAUUUGAACUGUAUUGUAAUUUGCAAGAUGUGUUAAUAAAAUACCUCGCAGUUUC